AUGCCGCCUAUGUACAAUCCCCGUCGCCCAUCGCCAGUUCGCCAUCCAUCCAUCGAUCCCUCCUACUCCUCCUUGACCACGACGGCGACGCGCGCGGCAAUGGCGAUCUCCUCCGGGCCGGCGGGCGCAGCCACGGCGGCCCCGCGCCGCAGGAGCAGGUCGACGGUGCUCCUGAUGGCCAACUACGCGGCGCUUCUGAUCGGGUCCGUCGUCUCCAGCCUGCUCUCCAGGUUCUACUUCGAGCACGGCGGGCAGAACAAGUGGGUGGUCACGCUUGUGCAGUCCGCGGGGUUCCCGACGCUCGUGGUCGCCGCGUUCCUCGCCGGCCGGCCCGUUUCCGCGCCUCGGCCGUUUCUUUGGUUCUCGCGGCGCUUCCUGGCCGUGUGCCUGUUCAUCGGCGCGCUCAUGGGCGUCAACAACCUGCUCUUCGCCUACAGCUCGUCGCUCCUGCCGGUGUCCACCUCGUCGCUGCUGCUGUCCACUCAGCUCGCCUUCACGCUCGUCCUCGCCGUCGCCAUCGUCCGCCACCCUCUCACCUUCGUCAACCUCAACGCCGUUGUGCUCAUGACGCUCUGCUCCGUGCUCCUCGCGCUCCGGUCCGGCGACUCGGGCGAGAGUCCGGACAGGAAGGGAUACAUCAUCGGUUUCGUCGUCACGCUCGGCGCCGCGGGGCUCUUCUCCGCGUACCUCCCCGUCAUGGAGCUGCUGUACCGGGAGGCGGUCUCCGGCGGGUUCAUCCUGGCGGUGGAGGUGCAGGCCGUGAUGCAGGCCAUGGCGUCCGUCGUGGCGGCGAUCGGACUCGCGGCGACCGGCGGUUUCAGUAACGAUGUGGCCCACUGGAAGGGGUCCCACGCCGUGUACUGGGUGGUGGUUGCGACGCUGGUGGUGACGUGGCAGGCGUGCUUCAUGGGCACCGCCGGCGUGAUCUACCUAACGUCGUCGCUCCACAGCGGCGUGUGCAUGGCCGCGGUGCUCACGGCCAAUGUCAUUGGCGGCGUCGUCGUGUUCGGCGAUCCUUUCGGCGCCGAGAAGGCCGUGGCCACCGCGCUCUGCGUCUGGGGCCUCUCCUCGUACCUCUACGGCGAGUACACCAAGAACAAGAAGAAAGACGCUGAUGAUCAGGACGACGACACCAUCCUCCCGGGCGCCCAUGACGACGGCGAGCACAAGAGCCUCACCGCCGGCAGCCGCGAGCCGGGAAGCGAAACCGUCUGA